AUGUCUAAGGAGUACAUUGGAAAUGCUAGCCAGCAUAUCGACAAUGGUGGUGAGGACAGGAAAGAAAAUACACAAGCUCCAGAAGCGAUAGUCACGGCCCUCGGUGCCCAUGGCGCAGCUCCUUCACCGUGGGGUCGUGGACAUAUUCAGCUCUAUAUGGCCUGCGCUCUAAUCUACCUCUGCUCGACUAUGAAUGGUUAUGAUGGAUCGCUCAUGGGUUCCAUCAACGUGAUUCCCGAAUACCAAGACUACUAUGGCUUGGGUAAAAGCGGAUCGACUUCGACUGGUUUGGUCUUUUCUAUCUUUCAGAUCGGCCAGAUGGCGGGUGCCUUGUUCACUUGGAUCUGCGACUGGCGGGGUCGGAAGAUCACUUUGGCUGUCAGCGCCAUGUUUGUUUGUGCAUCGGCAGUUUUUACAGCAGUAGCUCCGACUUUAUCCUCAUUCAUUGGAGCUCGCUUCCUACUCAGUUUCUUUACGACAAUCAACACUGUCGCUGCACCGAUGCUCUUGGUUGAAAUUGCCCCUCCGUUACAACGAGCUACUGUAGCAGGGAUAUACAACACCCUUUGGUAUAUGGGAAGUAUCAUUGCAACCUUUACAAUGUACGGAGCAAACAUUCACUUGAGUGGCAAUAUUAAAUGGCGACUUCCCUUGUGGCUCCAGAUCCUCUGCCCGGGUUUGGUCUGUCUUGGUAGCUGGUUACUACCUGAAAGUCCAAGAUGGCUCAUCGCUCAAGGACGAGAUGAAGAAGCCCGCGAGUUCAUUGUUAAACAUCACGCCAACGGUGACGCCGAUCAUCCGAUCGUUGCCAUCGAGAUGCUUGAGAUAAGGGAAUCACUUGUGGAGGUUCAAGGUCGUUCGCAAUGGGCCUGCUUCGACCUGCGAAGUCUUUACAAGUCCCCUGCUCGUCGAUAUCGUCUUUUGCUCGUUAUUGCCAUGUCUUGGUUUGGUCAAUUCUCAGGCAACAAUGUUUCAAGCUACUACCUUCCAAUUAUGGUACAGAACGUCGGUAUCACGUCAACGAACCUGGUCUUGCUUUUGAACGCAUUUUACGCAUUGACUGGAUGGAUUGCUGCUACAAUAGGAGCACGUCUUCAUGAUAUUGUGGGAAGACGUAAAAUGUUUAUGAGUUCUUGUCUUGGGAUGUCAAUAUCCUUGGCAAUUGUCGCAGCCACUGCCGCCGAAUAUGAACGUUCUAGAAGCGUACCCUCAAGCUCCGCUAGUAUCGCAUUCAUCUUUAUCUUCGGUGUUACCUUUGCAGUUGGAUUUACUCCUAUGCAGCCUAUUUACCCUGCCGAGGUUCUAGCCAAUGACAUGCGGGCGAAUGGCAUGAUGGUAUCCAUGAUCACCUCUGGAUGCGCGAGCUUUGUCAACACAUUUGCAGCUCCGGUUGCCAUGGAGAAUAUCCGCUAUUGGUUUUAUGUGUUUUUCGUAUUUUGGGACUUGUUUGAGUUGGCAUUUAUUUAUCUGUUCUUCGUAGAAACAAAGGGCCGAACCCUCGAAGAACUGACUGUAGUUUUUGAAGCGAAGAAUCCUCGAAAAGCCAGUACCAAACCACUUUAG